UUAAGUAUAUUUGUAAAGUUGUGUAGCUGUCACAACUAUGCAUUUUCAGAACUUUUCCAUCAUCUCACACAAAAAAAACUUUUCCUGGUAACUUCUGUUUACUUUCUGUCUUUAUGAAUUUGCUUAUUGUGGGUACCUCAUAUAGAGGGAAGUAUAUAUUCCUUUUGUGUUUGCCUUAUUUCACUUAGCAUGUUUUGGAAUUUAAUUCCUUUCUAUACCCUACAUCCAAAAAGGGGCUGAUAGCCAAGAUCUACAAAGAACUCAUGCAACUCAACAAAAAAGAAAACAACCCAAUCAAAAAAUCAGCAUAACAGCCAAACAGAUACUUUCCCAAAGAAGACAUACAGAUGGCCAACAAGCGCAUGAAAAAAUGCUCAUCAUCCCUUAUCCUCACAAAAAUGCAAUCAGAACCACCAUGAGAUACCACCUCACACCUGCGUAUAUGAACCCAAUUGCAAUGGCCAGAUCAAGGGGUCCAAUCCAGUCUUCAGGGCCAACAAUCCAAGAUUAUCUGAAUCGACCAAGACCUACCUGGGAGGAAGUGAAAGAGCAACUAGAAAAGAAAAAGAAAGGAUCCAAAGCAUUGGCUGAAUUUGAAGAAAAAAUGAAUGAGAACUGGAAGAAAGAACUAGAAAAACACAGGGAGAAAUUAUUAAGUGGAAGUGAGAGCUCAUCCAAAAAAAGACAGAGAAAGAAAAGAGAAAAGAAGAAAUCUGGUAGGUAUUCAUCUUCUUCAUCAAGCUCUGAUUCUUCCAGCAGUUCUUCAGAUUCUGAAGAUGAGGAUAAGAAACAAGGAAAAAGAAAAAAGAAAAAGAAGAACCGUUCACAUAAAUCUUCUGAAAGCUCCAUGUCAGAAACUGAAUCAGACAGUAAGGAUAGUUUAAGAAGGAAAAAGAAGUCAAAGGAUGCAACCGAGAAAGAAAAGGAUGUUAAAGGACUCAGCAAAAAAAGAAAGAUGUAUCCCGAAGAUAAACCUUUGUCAUCUGAGUCCUUGUCAGAAUCCGAUUAUAUUGAGGAGGUACGAGCAAAAAAGAAGAAAAACAGUGAAGAACGAGAAAAAGCAAUAGAUAAAACAAAAAAGAAAAAGAAGCAUAAGAAACACAGUAAGAAGAAGAAAAAGAAGGCUGCUAGUUCAAGUCCUGACUCGCCGUAACACUACUAUCAGGAUUCUCUUAUAAUGAAAGUGCAAUGUCUAAAGAAAUUUUAACUGUGAAAAUUAUGACAUAUUUACUAAAACGCAUGAAUUUUGUUUUUAGAAUUAUUUCUGGACUGUUCAGUAGCCACUCAGAUGCCGCUGUGUGAAAAGGCCAUAAUUGUUGCCUGCUGCUUAAACAUCUAUUUUUUUUCCUCUUCCAGUGAGAUAACUCUGGGAGAUAAUACGCUGCAUUUGUACCUAGUGGUUGAGAUACUUGGGGAUAAAGUUAAUAUUUUUGACUAGAAGUACCUAAUGAUAAAACAACAGAAAUUGAGUCUGGAGACAUCAUUAAGAUUUAAUAAGAAGUGACCAGAAGACUCCAGUUAACAGUUUUGAAGUAGGGACUACAUUGAUGUUCAAAAUCCUUACUCUGUAGAUAAGUGUAUUUUAAUUUUUUUCCUUAUAUACUUUUAUUUACCCAGGGAAAGGAAUUGUAGGGUGGGUUGGGACGUUUGCUAUCUCUUUAGCUAGCAGAAUAGUGUGCCUUUUAUCCUCACACAUCUUAUUUUUGUGGACAUAGUAGCCAUGCUUCAUGGGGAGUUCAGAGCUGGUAUAUUCUUGCUUUUAAAGCUCAGUUCACUGACAUCCUUGGAUUCUGUUGUAUGCUGCUUUGAGUGAACCAGAGAAACAGCCACUUUUUGGCAGCAUGAGAAAGCCCCAAAAGCUCUGGGAUUUAGCUCUCCUCUUCAAUAAUACUGAAUGUUUUUUAGCUUUAGAAUGUGUUGUAUCAUUUGAAUUAAUUUUAACUACACUUUGUUUUUAGAGAGGAAUCAUUUUCAAAUAAACACUGGUACUUUUUUGAACUUGAUAGCUAAAGAUACUAAAAUGCAUGUUUUAUACUGUUAAGUUUUAACAAGUCAGGAAAAUCUUAUGUAACCAGUGAUAGUUUUUUUUUUUUCUUUUUUUUGAGUUUCUUUUUUGUAUGAAUUUGUUUAGGCUGUAAUGUUUAGCUUUUGUUAACUCCUUGUUCUUGCUAUUUUUAAUUACUUCCUGUGUUAUGGCAUACUUGCCAAGACUUAGCAUGUGAAUAGCAGGUUUUUGACUUUUUUUUAAAGGCUUCAUAUUGAAGCUGAAACGAAACCAUAAACAAAUUGAGUGGCAGGCCUGGUAUGCUGUUUUGUUACAUAAAAGCUAUUGCCAGAAUCUUAGUAAAUAGAACAUUUUAAAAGUUUGUUGUCUUUGUAUAUUCAUAACAAAUUAUGACAAGUUAAAUUUAAGUGAUAAAUAUGUUACUGCUUUUCCUGUGUCAUAUUUUACUAAGAUUUUGUGCCUCAUAUCUCCUGCUGAAUUGUUUAUUAGUGAUUUAAAAGAAAUUGAUAAAUCAUUUUCACUUUACAUUUUUAUAUAAUCAGGUAACAUGGAAUAUAAUUUGAUCUACAA